ACGGCUCGAUACAAAUGAGAUGAGAGACAGAGAAUGGAAAAGUAGAUCGAGAGUUGGAUCUGUGGAUGGAGAUUAGGGUCUUCUUCAUCGUUGACAGAUGUCUGAAUUCGAUAAUCGUCAUAUCUCUUCGGCGAGCCAAAAGGCGUUUAAUGUCUUUGCUCUGGUGGUGCAAAGUUUGAACCUUUUGGGAUCAAGAGGCGGGUCUGUGGAUGUAGAUUGGAAUCUUCUGGUUCGUUGGAGGAUCUCUGAAUUUGAUGAUGGGAUCGCUAUAUCUCCAAAUGGCGUUUAAUUUAUUUUCUCUAGUUGCAAAAGUAUGGAUUUUUAGAAUUUUGUGGAGAUGAGAGAUCCAAAGGCGGGUCACUGGAUCUAUGAAUCUGAUGACGGGAUCUUCAUAUCUCUCUUCGUCCAGCUAAAAUGUAAUUUGAUUUAUUUGCUCUGGCGGCUUCAUCUUCAUUUCUCUGGAUCGUCAUAUUAUAUAUUUCCAAAAGGCGUUUAAUUUAUUUUCUGUGGUUGCAAAGUAUGGAACUUCAGAAUUUCGUGGAGAUGAGAGAUCCAUAGGCGGGUUGGUGGAUCUGAUGACGGGAUCUUCAUAUCUAUCUUCCUCGAGCCAAAAUGCAGUUUGGUCUGGUUUCAUUUCUUUGGAUUGGUUCUGGGAUCGAGAGGUGUAAUCUUUGGGAUGCUGAUUGGGUUUCGCAAGAAUUAUGAUGCAUCAUGGAGAUUAGCUGUGGAUGGAUAUUAGGAUCUUAUUGUAUUAGAUAUCAAGGAGGUAGAAAAUUCUGAUUGGGUUUCGCAAGAAUUGAGUCAUUCCAUUUCAAGUCUGAGAGAACUAAAGUCGAUUUGACUCGACUUUAUGCUCCUUGUAUUAGAUAUCAAGGAGGUAGAAAAUUCUUGUCUGAAAUUCGGCCUCGAAGUGAUAUUGUGAAAACAACACUGGACUUCUACAAUUCUCUCUCCAAGAACAAUACUGGUCCAUUGUGUGAAUGGGUAGAUGAUCCUCACGGCUUGGUCAACUCCUGUAUAGAGCUUCGUGUACCUAAUAGUGACUCAUUCAUGAUGUUCACUGUCAACGGCUAUUAUAAUGGCUUCCACUUAAUUGAGUCAUUUGCUUUUAAGGCUCUGAGGUCUGAAGUCGAUUUGACUCUACUUCCUUCUGGUAGCAUCAGACAGACCGGCGAUAGAGUGUUCUUGUCUGAAAUUGUGCCGCAGAGUGACAUUAUGGACGCGGUUAAAGAACUCGCUGAUGAGGUCACGGAGGCUGCUGAUGCACAGAGUGACAUUGUGGACGCGGUUAAAGAACUCGCUGAUGAGGUCGCGGAGGCUGCUGAUGCACAGAUUGACAUUGUGGACGCGGUUAAAGAACUCGGUGAUGAGGUCACGGAGGCAUAUCUUGACAGGAUUAGAAGACGGUAUAUUGCUGAGAAGUACAAAAAGAGGGAUGAACUGGCGGAAGUUGCGAGAAAACUUGCUCUGGAAACGCAGCAGCGUGAUUGGGAAAAGCAGCAGAAAGAGAAAAAAGAACAGAGGAAGUUGAAGAAAGCGCAGAAGUCCAAGAAAGAGGAGCAGAAGAAAAAGAAGAAAUGAGAUUUGCUGAGAAGAGUUCGACUUUAUUGUUAAAGGAUGAAGCUUUGUAAGUGAUAUAUACCCUAAGGAUGUAGGAAGAUGGGCUGAGAGAGCUGAGAUGAACGUUCAUUUGUCGGUUUCGUUCAAUGGCUGUGUGUGUCAUUCUCUGAGUCUCCAUCUCUUCUGUGUUCUUUGUUGGUAUGGUUCUUCUUCUUUUUCCCUUCUCUGUGCUCACUGAUGUCCCCAAGUUGUUGUUUCUGCUUUUGAAUCUUGAAUGAGCAUUAUCUACUGGGUUUAACUGAAGAAUUGAUCUUCCUCAAGUGCAAAUCUUUGAUC